UUUAUUAUACGAAAAAAUAUGGUUAUAUCAAGAACCUGAUCAUUCUUUCUCCGUCAUGAAAAUAUCAAGAAACACAAUAAGAGUAUAAAAGAAAAAUUAAAAGUGACAUGCAAAAGUAUAAAUUUAAUAUUAAAAACAAGUAUUGUGAGAAAAAUAUAUAAGGAAGAAUAAUAUUUUAUUGUAUUACAAAAUUUGUUGAAAAUUAGUAGAUACAGAAAAUCAUUUGAUGUGUUCUUAGAUCUUGUGUUAAUUUUUAAUGGUACAUAAGAUUGGAAUUGAAUAGAUUGAUAGAAAAAAAUAUUAUGUGUAAUGAUAUUCUGAUAAAUAAAUAUGUCAGCUGUGGCAAUACUAAGUAAGCAACAAAAUGCUUUUAAACUUUUGUGAUCCAUGUCUGAGGACAGAAGUAAGCUGCAGUACAGUCAGUACAGAAGGAUAUGAAGUAACUAAUCUUACAAAAGAUAAUUCUAAAGGUUUUUUAGCCUACUCUUGCAUAAAACCACCUAUACAUAUUGACUUAAAGUUCAUAUGCAACAUACAAAUAAGUCAUGUUAUAAUUUGGCCUAGUGUUGGGGCUCAGAAAUCAUCAGGAUUUCAACUAUCAUCAAAAGCAAUUGAUGACCAAGCUAUACAACAUACAGUUCUUGCAGCAGGGUAUCUAAAUUCAAACGACGUAGGAGUGUUAUUCUAUAGGAGAGAUAUAGAUGAAUCUGUGUCCAAUACUCCUUACCAUUUCUUACGAAGAUAUAUAAAGAUUUCUAACCAACGAUCUGUGAACCAAGCCAGCAAUCUUCGUAUAUGUAUAUUAAAGACAGAAAAUUCUGUGCCAGCACUAGGUCGAAUAGAAGUCUGGGGACGAGUAUCACGUUGUUGUGGAAGAGAUGUAAUAGCAAGUAUUCACUCCAUGUGGAUAAGAAAACAUAUUCCACAGGAUUCACAAUCAAAUAAAACAACAGCUAUUGAUCCUAUUUCUACUAGGAAACCUCAAAACAGAAGUGAGAUAUUGGUAAAUGUACCUGAAGAAUUUUUGGACCCAAUAACAUGUGAGAUUAUGAUCCAACCAGUAACACUGCCUAGUGGAAAGAUUAUUGAUCAAAAUACUUUAGAAAAACAUGAAGCAAAUGAAGCUUUAUGGGGUAGAACAUUAACUGAUCCAUUUACUGGAAUGCCCUUCAAUGAAUUUCGAAGACCAAUAGCUGCUUCUGCACUCAAAUCAAGAAUAGAUAAAUAUCUUUUGGAGAACAGUGACUUGGAUGAAAUAAAAAAACUACCAAGAGUCUUAGGUUCAAAAUUCAAACCAACAGCACCACGUGGUAGACUAUUAAAACUACCAGCAACUAUUACUAAAAAUGAUACAACAAAGGAUAAUGUUGAGAUUAUGACAAAAACGCAACACAGUCUCUCCACAAUUCAGAGUAGUUGUCAUAAGAGGAAAGCUCAUCACCAUACAUUACCAGUUGUUGCAGUGUGUUCUAAGCAAGCAGCAGGUCCAUCAAAAAUCAUGAAAAGGGCCAAAGUUAUAACAUCAAAAAAUAAUGAAUGUAUUAAAACAAUAAAAAAGGAACCUACAAUUAUAAAAAUUGAUAGCAAAUUGGAAGAGAAUAUUCAGGACGUGUUAUCGAGUCUGAAACGUUUUAGUUCGCCACAACAUUCAAUUUGUGAAUUUGAAAGUUGUAGCUGUUGCUCGAAUAGUAUUCUAUAUAGAUUGCCAUGCAAGCAUAUAGUCUGCAGGAAGGUGUUAACAUCUAUCACCAGCUUACAAUGUAAAUGUUGUGGUACGCCGUAUAAAACAUGCGAUCCAAAGAGGAUCUACCAAUAAAAUAAAAUGUAUGCAUUUUGUACAGAAA